AUGACGGCCGGGGUCGCAACCCGCAGGAAGUCCAGGUCUAGGCGCAGCUGGGCGAAGAUCGAGAACGAGACGCAGGCUUCAGACUUCACGGACAUCGGCGACUGGCCGACCCUGGGCGCUGCCACAGGUGGCGCCCGCUGCCACUCCACGCCGCCCCCGCACGACGCCGACUCGACGCAUCACAACGGAAAUGCGGACCAGGAGAGCAAGCCCCCCGAGGAGCACCACGGGAGGGCGGACAGGGUGGAGCCGCCGCAGCACAACCACCAGGGGCACAAUGACAGGCAACAGGACAAGCACCCGGAGAGAGCCAAGGCGGCAGGACCUGGCAAGGCCGGCAACAAGUCGGGCAAGCACAAGUGGGUGCCCCUGGACAUCGAUGUCAAGGCGGCCAGGCCGGGGAAGCACGGGCCGCCGCACGCUCCCCGCCAGGACAACGACACAGUGUCUCUGAACGGAGAGGACGCUCGCGGUCGAUUCGGAGGCAGGGGCAGAGGCGCCGCCAGAGGCCGAGGGGGCCGUAGGGCUACGCCUCGCCCGGCCUCCGCCGUCCCGCUGCCGCCGCACCACGCCCUCUACCACCACGACUUCGCACAGCGCGAUCUGCCUCAGCUGCGCGUAGCUCAGGCGGGCCUCGCGCAGGGUCUGAUGCUGCACUACGGCGCGCUGCACGUGGCUCCGCUGGGCCAGCCGUUCUACUACAACGCGGCGCCCCCCUACGGCCUGGGACUCGACCACGCCACCCUAAAGGACCUGAUCAAGAAGCAGAUCGAGUACUACUUCAGCCCGGACAACCUGGCGCGCGACUUCUUCCUGCGCCGCAAGAUGGCGGCCGACGGCACUAUCCCGGUGUCGCUGAUCGCGUCAUUCCACCGCGUGCGCUCGCUCACGGCGGACGUGCAGCUGGUGCUCGAGGCCAUCUGCGACUCGGACAAGCUGCAGAUCGUCGGCGGAUUCAGGGUCCGAACCGCCUUCGAGCCGACCAAAUGGCCCAUACUGGACAUCACCUCCAGCACCAGCUCCGAGGACGGUGACAGGGCAGACAAAUCUUCGAGCAGCAAGACGACCGACGGGCCCGACGCGGCAGACAAGACUGACGCGGCCGACAAGACUGACGCCGCUGAAAAGUCUGACGCGGCCGACAAGCCUGACGCGGCCGACAAGUCUGACGCAGCCGACAAGCCUGACGCGGCUAACAAGCCUGACGCUAACGACAAGACCGACAGGGUGGCGGGAAGCGGCGAUAAGGGUACCGAAGCCGCCGCAACCGAUAGCGAGCAGAGCGACGCAGCUAAAGAAGAGGCGGCUCAGGUGGAGAAGAAAGCGGAGCUCAAUAACGAAGCACAGAAGAUAGACGAGGCGCCCAGCAUAGAAGAGAAGCAGGAGAAAAUCGAAACUGAUGAGAAAAAAGAUACCGAAUGCCCCAAAGAGGCCAUCGUUAAGGAAGAGACGGCGCCAGUGGCCAACGAAGUGAAAGUGGACGAGCAGAUUGUGGGAGCCAAACGGGAGGAAGUCGGAGAGGCAGAAGGAAAAGAAGUGAAGUCGGAUAAUAUAGAGAAGGAGAACAGGGACGAGAAGGAAAAUGAGAAGGCAGAUGGAAAGGAGAAGAAACAAACAGAGUCUAAUGAGGAUCCACCGCUGCAGUCUGAGAACACUGAGGAGAAACCGGGCGAGAAAAAGCGCAAGAAACAGAUGGUGGGGAUCUUCCCUUUGGCGACAAUGGGGGGCCCGCUGGUCGCGCCUGUGUCGGGGCUUUUGCGCGCCGUGCCCCCUCCGCCUUUGCCUAGGAUGUUCCGGAGCGCCAGGGCUGCGCCCCGCGAUAACCUCAACCCGGACGUGCCCGAGUUCGUGCCGCAGGCGAGGCGCGCAGAGGAAGCCCCCGUCGGGCAGUCGACGCAGCCCGAGAGCAAGCGGGGCUCCGGCUCCGGCAGCCCUGCCUCCGACAGGAGCGCCGACGUUUGGACCGAGGUGAAGAGGCGCACGAAGGGCAACUCCCGCGAGAGGGCGCCACCCCCCGCGCCGGCCGCCACGCCCGCCGCCGCCGCCCAGGAAGACGAGCCGCAGCGCGAGGAGCUCCACUUCCAGCUGGACGAGGAGCUGGACCUGCCGCCGCCCAGGCACAACACCUUCACGGACGCCUGGUCCGACGAGGAGUCGGACGCGGAGUUCACCGACCGCGACGUGGGCCGGCUGCUGAUCGUGACGCAGGCGGGCGCGCGCCAGCCGAGGCACGACGGCCACGACCGCCAGGGCGACUUCACCACGCGCACCAAGAUCACGCAGGACCUCGAGCAGGUGAUCACUGACGGUCUAAAACGCUAUGAGGAGGACCUGUGGAAUGAUUCCGAAUAUAUGUCGUCGUGCGGCAGCGGCAGCCAGUACCGCACUGUGUCGCUGAUCAGCCGCUCGCAGUUCGAGGCGACGCAGCCGAACGAGCGGCACGCGAACCCCACGGAGCCGCCGCCGCCGCCGCCGCCCAGGCACCAGCCGAUGGAGCAGGCACAAGAGCAGCCGGAGAAGAAGCGGCCACGGCGCACGGCGCGCUUCUACGCCGCCAGCAAGGACCCUCACGCCACAGAUGUCAUAAGCAGCCGCAAACACAAGACGAGGCACAGCCUCAACCCGCCAGUGGAGCACCAUGUGGGCUGGAUCAUGGACAUCCGCGAGCACCGCGCGCGCACGCACAGCACCGGGUCGUCGCUGGGCACGUCGCCGACGCUGGGCUCGUCGUGCGGCUCGGUGCCGCAGGCGCUGCCCGCCUUCCACCACCCCAGCCACGGGCUGCUGCGCGAGAACCACUUCACGCAGCAGGCCUACCACAAGUACCACUCGCGCUGCCUCAAAGAGCGCAAGAAGCUGGGCAUCGGUCAGUCGCAGGAGAUGAACACGCUGUUCAGAUUCUGGUCGUUCUUCCUACGGGACCACUUCAACAGGACCAUGUACAACGAGUUCAGGACGCUGGCGAACGAGGACGCUGCCGCCGGCUUCCGUUACGGGCUGGAGUGCCUGUUCCGCUUCUACUCGUACGGCCUCGAGCGCAAGUUCAGGCCGGAGCUGUACCAGCACUUCCAGCAGGAGACCAUCGCCGACUACGAGAACGGCCAGCUGUACGGCCUGGAGAAGUUCUGGGCGUUCCUGAAGUACUACAAGCACGCCGCGGCGCUGCAGGUGGAGCCCAAGCUGCAGGGCUUCCUCGAGAAGUUCCAGAGCAUCGAGGACUUCCGCGUUCUCGAGCCGCAGCUGAACGAGCUUCUGGCCGGCAGGGGCGGGUGCGCCCCUGGCCGCCCGCACGCCCGCCCCUACGACCGCACGCGCUCCGUCUCCGAGAGCGACCGCGCCCACGCCCACGCCCAGCCGCACGCGCAGGCCCAGCCCCACGCCCACGCCCACUACCACCAGGCGCACCACGCCCAGCCGGCGGCGGGCUACAGCCGCGGUGCGCCGAGCCGGGGCCGUGCAGGCUCAUGCGGCUCCCAGAGCGUGGUCGCCGCUGUGGCAGCGGCCAGGCCCAGGCCCGCGUCCGGCAAGCAGGAGGCGCCGCUCGCCGCCGACACGCAC